AAACGUCAGUUGGUCGAGACACGGUCGUCGCGGCGCGCGUCCCGUUCGUCUGUACGCGUGUUGCGUCCUACGUACACUUAUCAAAUUUCAAUAAGAAAAUUUGAUAUUGUCGUCGAAUAUUGUGAAGUGUUGUUGACAAGUUCGCGAGUUGACCGGUAAAUGGUUCAAGUUCCUUUGCGUUUUGUUUUUUUUUUUUAAGUUUUGUUAAUUGCUCGUUUUUUUCUGUUCGGCCUGUUGUGUAUUGUUUCGCUGAGUGAUAACUCUGUUUCUUUAAGCAACGAAAAUGUAGAUAGGUGAUAAGUAGGUCGCGUCUACUUUUAAUAAAAAGUACGAUGUCUAUUGACCAGGCAUCGCCACUGGUGCCAAUCAAGCCUCAAGUCGCUCUGCAGAACAGCGCAUUUAUAAAGAAUAGUCACAACAGAAGCAGUUUCUGUGGAGUUAGUCCGUCACCAAAUGGCAAUGGAACAUUGAAGACAUUCGCAGUUAACCGCAAGAGUUGGAGCGGGAAUGUGACGAUACCGCUCCAGCAAUUCACUCCCGACAUCGAAAGUAAGCCACAAUUCGCGACUUUCCGCACCGGGACAGGGACAUUCCCUAGGAACAGGGAGCGGAACAACAACAGCGCGUCUGUCGGUAUAUUAACUCCGAACGGGAACUCGACGCAUACACUAAGAGGAAGCGAACUGAGGAGGAGCGGAUGCUUAAAUGGCCGACGCUACGCCGAGAUCGGAAACUGGAGUAAAAGGAAUGCAACAUUCCUCGAGCCGCAUCUCCAAGGUAUAAGACGCCGCGACAGCCGAAGCUCUGACUCGGAGCACGAUGAGCGUUCUACGGAAGACGACGAGCGGUCGCUCCUGCGCAGCUCCCCGCGCACACGCUUGCCCCCCGCGCCUCCGCCGCCCCCGCCGCCUGACGACGAGCCUCCACCGAUGAAGCCCAGAGACUACUUCGAGCGGCUGCACAGCCAAGCUAUGAGAGAGGCGCACGACAGGAAGUCCAGACGAGAUAAAGACGCUCUGUUUAGAGCGGUUGAUGGUGACGGCAGCGUGGGCGACAGUCUUAGUCAGAGUCGAGAGAGUUUGUCGUCGGACGGCGAGGGCGCUCGAGGCGACUGCUCGUCAGUGGGGUCCUCAGGGUCGGGGUCUGAGGAGCAGCCGCCAUGCGACAUCGGUCUGCUAGAGCGGCUCAUCAGGACACAUCCUGUUUGGUUUCUGCCCGGGAUACAGAGGGCUGGGGCAUUUCAUUUACUCCAGGGGAAAGAGGAAGGGAACUUCGUAGUCCGACAGUCGAGUCAGCCGGACACGAUGGCGAUCAGCGUACGCCUGCCGGCGGACAAGGGGCCGUACAUCGAACAUUACCUUAUCCAGGCUUCCGGCGGCCGCAUCGGACUCGAGACCUCACACAACCGCUUCGACAACAUACCCGAACUCAUCGCACACUACUCGCAAUGCUGUGACGAAUUACCAGUUCAGCUGCAGUUGCCCCGCGCUCUACGUGAGGCCAAAAGUCGUCACCAGCUCAGUUCGCUCACGCUACUGGGCCAGGAGUUCUGGGGGUAUCCAAUGGCCAAUCCUAAGAACAAUCCGCAGAAUGUGAUGUCGCCGUGCCAACUUGCUAAUGGCGUUAUACCGAUGGCGGUUACACCCUCUGAUACCGGAUCUAGUCUGAGCAGUUUUAAUGCCAGCGCUGGAGCGAAUUCUCGUGAGCAUAUUUUUAGUCUUGAAAAGGAACAAAAUGUAGUAUUAAAAAUGUCACCAGUUGAUACCUCCGAGUCUCCGCCGAGCCAAAGCCAAAGCCUCAGCACGUUCAAGGGCAGGAGCGCGCCCUCGCCUCCCGCCAAGCCCAGCGGGAACUUCGUCCGCGCGCCCAGGCCCACGCCACCCAACACGCUUAACCUCCUCUCAAGUACAGCUCAUAUCACACAACCGCACACAUUUCCUACGACAAACGCUCAUUCACCGACACAGACUAACAGUGUAAAAACAACGCCCCCUCCGCCCCCGCCGAGAUGGGCUAAACCACCUUUUACAAAGAUGUCUUUGUCUCCAAAGUCAGAGACACAUUUGUUCAAUCCAAUCAAAAAUGGAAACGUAACCGUUACCACCGCGAACAACUCACACGUACAGAGUAACAACAUGCUAGAGAGAACACACGAUCGAUCGCAACUAACGCUUACGUCUAACGCCGCCAGCAUUAAUAGCAACGGUGCAGGAGCCAAUGUGGACGUUGUCAAAAGCUUGUUCGAAUGUAACGGGGACACACAGAAUAUGACGCAUCGUCAGUCACCAGAAGGGGAAUGUGUCAGAGCCGUUACGACCUCCUUACACGGCAGCUUUAAAAGCCAGAAAGUCGAACAAAAUAUUGAAUCUGGAUCUCCUGUAGAACCGCAAUCUCAAACAAAUACUUCAGAAUCUGUAGAUCCGAUCGUCAAUUCUUUAUCUAAAUCCAAUAGCUUUGAUCCAAACCAACUAGUUUCACCGAAUGGCACGAACUCCGUCACCAGUGGAAUAUUUUCUCCGACGAGUCAAAUCAAUUCACCCGUAUCUAAUGAUACGAUAUCUUCUAAAAGCGGAGUUUUCUCUCCGUCGAGUCAGACCAAUAAAAGUGACAUAUUUUCACCCGUUUCCAGAAGUUCACCUAUUUCUAAUAAGAACGUAUUCUCUCCUACUUCGAACCAAAAUAUUAUAUCUCCCGCGAUAGGAAAAGUGUUAUCUCCCAACAUGAAUACAACGAGUACUACGCCAUCUGGCAGAUCCCGGAGAAGCAAACAUUCCCUACGAAAGGAAUCCAGACACUACCAGGAAUCAGAUAUUCUUGAAUCACCUGGUAUUUAUUAUAGAAGUUCUUUAAUGGAUAAAGUCAGUGAUUAUGAAGAUAUUUGGGGUCCUGAAGGCAAUAAUUGUACUACAUUCAAACCGUUGAAAUCCGAGAAUGAUAGUAAUUUUAAUAAUGGAUUAAUGAAAAGCAAACGACCAGAUUUACUUCCAGACACAUUGCCAAAACUCAAUGCAGCAAAAAGUACCCAGUCAAUCCUAGAAAAAGAAAAUAUCCAUCUUCUAAAUUCUACCGAAAGUCUAAUCGAGAAGAAAAAUCUUUCUGAUAGUUCGUUAAAGAAAAGUUUCAAUGGGUCGUGUGAAAUAAUAGCAACCACCAAUAGUAAAGGAGAGAUUGUACCAAAAAGACCCGACAAACUGAACAUUUCUACGAACAUGAAUAAGAAAUUAAAUGAAGAAAUCGAAGCAGCUUUGAAGAGUAGAGAGAAUUAUAGGACUGAGAGUAUGGAGACUGUAAAGCUAGAGGAUGAUACUAAGGAAACUAUUUCUGAAGAUACUGACAAAGACAACGCUGGUAGUCCAUUUUACGCUGAUCCUGUCGACGCUUUGAAAGAGGCUGCGCUUCCACAAGUGCAAAGAAGAAAACUAUUGCGAGUCGGCAUGAACUUGUCGCAGCGGUACUCAGAGCCACCGACACAGAACCACCCGUACUAUCCACUCAGAGACAUGCAUAGUAUUGAAGAACUGUCACCCUCGUCUCCAAAUACGUCAACAUCAGUGGAUAACCUGGUGUCGUUGCGGACGAAGCCGAAGAUGCGAGCCGUGGAGCCGCCGCGCGUCUGCAAGCCGCCGGGCAAGGCCGACCAGCCCUGGACUGUCGACUCCAGCUGGCAGUUUAUAAAUAAGAACGAAGAAGGAGGGCCAGGAGGUGCGGGCAGCGUGGGUGAGAGCGGCACGUUCCCAUCACUGGCAGAGCAGGAGCGGCUCGGGGCUGACGACGCGCUGCGCCUCACCGUGCACCAAGUCGUCGCUCAUAAGUUUCCCGAGUUGAAGUUGAACGCGGAGCCGGUGGCGUUGCCCGAGGAGCCGCGCUCGCCGCCGCGCGCCUCCUGCUACGACAAUGUGCACGAUCUGAGGCCCCUCUCUGAACAGGCGAGUGACGACGGCACAGUAUUCUCGGAGCCGUGGGACAGCUCGCAGUGGGACGGCCUCAUUCCUCCCUGCAAUGGAAACCAAGCUUAUGAAACUGACGAGGCCUGCGAGUGGGAGUCACCGGUGCCGCGGCGGGCGCCGGCGUUGGCGGCGCGCUCCAAGAGUUUCCGAGAUCGCCUCGAUCCCCUAUUAGCGGCGGGGCGGGUGCGGGCGCUGCGCGGGGGGCGCGGUGCGCGGGGCGCGGGCGCGGCGCUGCGGGCGUACGCGCUCCACCUGGCGCAGGACAAAAGCACCACCUUUGCGCAGAACGUCGACAACUUCAUAGCCUGCACACUCGACUCCAAGGAAACAUGCCCACAGGUGAUGAUGCGAAAUAUGAGACAGUUCAUGUCCGGUAUGAAGAACUAUCUUGUCAAGCACGGAGAAAGAGAAUUUGAGAAGGAAGUAGAGAAAGAGAGACUUAAGUUAAAGCCGACGGAAUUCCUGAACCUGGAUGCGAUCCUGGAGGGCGUGAUGCACCGGCUGGUGGUGCGGCCGCUGCGCGCGCGGCUGUACGCGCUGCUGGCCGCCUGGCACGCGCCCGACCUGCGCCGCCUGCACGCCGCCAUCGAGCGCGCGCACCACGCCACGCCGCUGCAGCUCGGCGUAAAGGAAUCCACAAAAGUACCGUCGGCCGCGGUACUGGCAGUCAUCUCGAAGCAUUUCCUUAAGAUGCAGGAGGCGGACUCGCCACUGGACAAGCUGGAGAACCUCCUGGCCGCCAUUUCUGUUAUGUUUAAUGCGAUGCGGGGCUCGCGCGCGCUGGGCGCGGACGACCUGCUGCCGGUGCUGGCGUGGGCGGUGGCGCGCUGCCGGCUGGUGUGCGGCGAGCUGGAGGCCGAGCUGAUGGCGGGGCUGCUGCCGCCCGCGCUGCUCGCCGGCGAGGGCGGCUACUACCUCACCGCGCUCUUCUCCGCGCUCGCCGUGCUCAAGCGCCUCGCGCCCGACACGCCCGACCAGCUCACCGACAACGCCGACACCGCGCCCUGCCGGCGCGGGUCGGGGCCGGGCGCGGGGGCGGGGUGGGGCGCGGGCGGCGCGCGCGGCGCGGCGGUGGUGCGCGUGGCGCUGCCGGACGAGUGCCGCGGCUCCAUCCGGCGCGUGGCGCUGCCGUGCCGGCCGGGCGCGCGCGCUCGCGACCUGUGCCGCGCGCUCGCGCACGCCGCCGCCAUCACCAACCCACAGGACUACGCGCUCUUCGCCCUGCACGACGGACAAGAAACAAUGUUGAACGAGAACGACUGCCCACAAGACGUGAUGUCGGAGAAGAGCGGACAGAACUUCAUCCUUGCUUACAAGAGGAUAGACGCCAAAAUCGCGUGGCCGCAGCAGGCGCUGCUCUCCUACCCGUAGGCCUGUAGGCCCUCGGAGCCCUAGGCUUAUAGACCCGUAAAAUCUCCUAGCCUUAUCUCAAACAACGUACAAUCUCUUAACUUUAUAUUCAUAAUAAAAAAAUCAUUAACGUUCUUAUGAUGAUGAAGUUGUCAAAAUAUGCUCAUUACCAAUUAGUAACGGACAUUGAAAACUAUAUUUUUGUCAUCUUAAUAAAGUGAUAUUUUACUAAGAUAUUAGCAGACCGAUUUUCAUACGUUAUCUUUUCUCGAAGUAAACUUAGCUUACCCUUUAUCUAUAAGUACAUUGCAAUUAGACAGUAUUUUUAAAACCCCCGCUAUUGUUAUUCAAGAUCCUUGCGUAACCUUUUAAUAACGUAGCUUUUUUACCCUGAUAGUGUGUAAGUACCCUUUUAUAUUACAUUUGACUGAGAGAUUUUGCAUUUUCUCGAUCGAAAAAAAUCUUUUGUAAAUUAUGAUUUUUAUUAUUUCGUAGAGUAUUUGCGUGACCGUUUUGAAUCAUCGUUUCUAUUUAAAACUAAGUAUUUAGGAGCUGUAGAACCUUUAAAAGGUAAAUACCAGGCGUACGUAGGUUUAUGUUCCUAAAAUUCGAUGUACCCUGAACCAACUCACCAAAUUGUUGUUUUUAGUUUUACGGAUUAUAAUUUUAAGAUUGUCAAAAGUCUUUUUAGUUUAAUUUCUUUUUUUAAUUAUAAUUUUAAUCUGUAUUCUAAUAUUUAACGCUAACUUGUUUAUUGAACUGUGAUGUAAUUCGUAUUAGUAUUGUAAGUUUUGUAUUAAUUUUGUAUAUUCGUAGAGAUUCUUAAUAUAAUUUAUUUAAAACGUAACAUAAGGAAAUGUAUGACUCAGUGCAGUCGGAUGAAUAAGUUUUGGCUAUCGUCAUUUAUGAAGUAACGCUUUUCUUAAGUGGCUGACGUCUGAGCCGAAAUUUGUUCAUCGAAACAUAAUCAGAUAUAUCAGUUCUGCUUACCGUUCUAUAUAUUACUUAACAAUGUAAGGCUUUUAUUCACUACAAAAUAACCAUGAAAUCACACUGCCAAAUAAGGAAUACAAAAGAUUUGUUAUCUCUCUCUUUCUAUUUGGGAAAAGUGAGAUCACCAAAUAAUGUUUUGUUAUCUCUCUUUCUAUUUGGUAAAAUUGAGAUAACAAAAUAAUUUUGAAAUGUGUCGAGUGCUAAAUAUUACUUACACUCAUGAACCUCACCAAGGAGGUAGGAGGUACUAUUAUAUGGAAACUACUUCGUAUAUUAUUAUUGAAAGUUUAAAUAAAAUUAUAUAACCUAAAACUAUCUUUGAUAAUAGGAAGGUUUUAGGUUAUUCUGUACUGUACCUCUUACCUCGAACCUAUUCUAAAGCCAGCAACGCAUUUGUUAUUCCGCUGGUCUCACGUAGCCUUUUAACCCCGAAAGUCAUAUUAAAAAAAGGGACGCUGUAGAAAUUCCAUCCAGAGCACUGAUUACUAAAACCGGAACUGCUCGUUUGUCCCCUAUUUACAUAAAAAAAUAAUAGAACAGUCGACAAGAAAUACAAAAAUAUGAUUUUUAGAGACGUUAACAGUAGAAUUUCACUUGCGACAGAUUUGUAUUAAUUAUUGCUGUCUCUGUUUUGUCAAAGUGAAUGAAAAGGAUAACAAUACGUGUGUUGCAACAAUAAAUGCAUUAAUAUUCUACAGUUAAACGAUCUUUAAAGCGCUCGCACACCUUUGACUAAACUUUCGCACAACUGUUUAGUCGCGCUUUGAUUCUUAUGAGCUUGCGAGGUGCGGACACUA